AUAACAAAAUAAAAAAACAUGAUAUGAUAACCAAAACUGGAUUUCCAAUCCAAAGCCCUAAAUAGAAAAGAAAGCCCCCAUCCCCAUCCAUCCCCAUUUCUGUUCCUGUCAAAAACCGAUCGGUGCGUUCUACUUCUCUCCUUGAGUUCUUCAGAUCUUUACUCAUUUUCUUCUUCAAUCAAUCUCUAAUCGCAUAACAUUGGCUUAUAUUUUUUUUUUACGCCAACGUUUUUGCUUUUAAUUCAUCACCAAAAGCCCAAUUUCAAGCGAUUGUUGUGUAAAUAUUCAUCAAUUUUCCUCGGUUCACAAUUAGGGUUUCAGAUCGGCUGUUAGUUUAUUGAUUAGUUUUUUAGUUAGGGUUUCGGUAGAUUUUUCGGUACACAGUUCAAGAUGAACAGUAAUUACGCACGUGGAGGAGGAGGGGGAAGGUAUCCGCCGGGUAUUGGUCGGGGCGGCGGCGGCGGUGGUGGCGGCGGCGGUGGUGGUGGUGGAAAUUAUGGAAACCCUAACCCUAAUUUCCAACAGCAGAAGAAUUACCAACAACAACAGUAUGCACAAAGGAAUCCAGUGCAUCAGCAGCAGUUUCAACAGCAGCAGCAGCAGCAACAGUGGCUGAGGAGAAACCCUGUGGGGAAUGAUUCGAAUGCGGUCGAUGAAGUCGAAAAGACUGUACAGUCGGAUGCUACUGAUUCUAGUUCCCAAGAUUGGAAGGCACAGUUGAGGCUCCCACCAGCUGACACGCGAUACAGGACAGAAGAUGUGACAGCCACAAAAGGAAAUGAAUUUGAAGACUACUUUCUCAAGCGUGAGUUACUUAUGGGGAUAUACGAAAAGGGUUUCGAAAGACCAUCUCCAAUUCAAGAGGAAAGCAUCCCCAUUGCUCUUACAGGAAGUGAUAUUCUAGCAAGAGCUAAAAACGGCACAGGGAAGACCGCCGCCUUCUGCAUUCCUGCUUUAGAAAAAAUCGAUCAAGAGAAAAAUGUCAUUCAAGUUGUUAUACUUGUUCCAACUCGGGAGUUGGCUCUUCAGACGUCACAAGUUUGUAAAGAACUUGGAAAACAUCUAAACAUUCAAGUCAUGGUAACCACCGGUGGGACCAGCUUAAAAGAUGAUAUCAUGCGUUUAUAUCAACCAGUUCAUUUACUUGUUGGUACACCUGGAAGAAUAUUAGAUCUUGCAAAAAAGGGGAUCUGUGCAUUGAAAGAUUGCGCAAUGCUCGUCAUGGAUGAGGCUGAUAAACUAUUGUCACCUGAGUUCCAGCCGUCAGUAGAGCAACUGAUUCACUGUAUGCCUAGGAAUCGUCAAAUUUUGAUGUUUUCAGCAACGUUUCCUGUGACAGUUAAGGAUUUUAAGGAUAGAUAUCUUCAGAAACCGUAUGUUAUUAACCUCAUGGAUGAGCUUACACUCAAGGGAAUAACCCAGUUUUAUGCUUUUGUUGAAGAACGUCAAAAAGUUCAUUGCCUCAACACUCUUUUCUCCAAGCUUCAAAUCAACCAGUCAAUCAUUUUCUGUAAUUCGGUUAAUCGGGUUGAGCUAUUGGCCAAGAAAAUUACAGAGCUUGGUUACUCUUGUUUCUACAUUCAUGCUAAAAUGCUCCAAGAUCACCGUAAUAGAGUUUUUCAUGAUUUUCGUAACGGUGCCUGCAGAAAUCUUGUCUGCACUGAUUUAUUCACAAGGGGUAUUGAUAUUCAAGCUGUAAACGUUGUUAUCAAUUUUGACUUCCCGAAGAACUCUGAAACAUAUCUACACAGGGUUGGUCGAUCGGGGAGAUUUGGACACCUUGGUUUAGCAGUAAAUCUGAUUACAUAUGAAGACCGUUUUAAUCUGUAUAGGAUUGAACAAGAACUUGGAACUGAGAUAAAGCAGAUUCCUCCGUUUAUUGAUCAGGCUAUUUAUUGUCGGUGAUUGGACGACCUUAACUUUGAAGAUGCUGAAUGGUCAAUGUUGAAUGCAGUGAUGUGGAUCCAGUCUUGAAGACAUUGCAUUUGUUGCUGGAUAACAUAAUUAUGCUGUGAUGGAUUGGUUUCUUAAUUUAUGUUGGUUUUUUUUUUUUGUUUCUGUUAGUUAACUAAGAAAGGCAACACUGAAAGUUAUAUGUGUUGUGAGUGAGGAGUUGAACAUGUUUUUAGUUAAAACCGAUUGCCUUUUUCUAGUAUUGUGCUUCAUUCUAUCGUUAUGUUAUAUUGUCAUUUUAAGACUCCGACCACCUUAAGAGGCAACACUGGAACUUGCAUUUUUACAA